AUGGAUGAUGAGGUUGAACGAGGGGUAACUGGUAAUUGGCUGAUGAUGAUGAUGAUGAUGAUUGGAGCAGAGAACCAGAUCAAUUUGCGAUCGACCGAUCGAACGAACCGAUCACAGCGACCAGGACACCAGGACGUCGUGGAUGACGCGGAGACGCCGACAACUAGGCGCCUACGCGAUCGAUACGCGCGUCAUCGCAUCGACGGUUUGUUAUGCGCGGGCGGUCGGAACAAGCCGACGAACGUGGAUCGUUGGGGACCAACUCCGGCACGGAAUGCAAUCGUAUGGGCCCAGCUACAAGUCCGUGACUGA